ACACUUUCUCAUUAUGGGCUUACACGUUUUCUGGCCUGCCACGGCCUGCCUGACUCUCUUCGUAGUUUGCAUUAUAAUCUUGCUGCUCAAGUACGGCGCACGUAUCUGCAAUUUGCGACACGAGGCGUUGCCGUCCGACGAAGAAUGGGAGGGCAAGGCGUACUCCAGGAAACUGUCCGUCUCCGUGGCGUGAGAACAGAUAGCACUGUCCCGAAAAUGUAUCCGGAUCGUGCAUUUUUUUUUUCAUAAAAGAAAAAUGUACGAUUAAAACUGCCGACUAGUAUUUUUGGCGACGUAAGUCGAACGUAAAUAACUUUCGAAAUAUUUAUAACUGCUUUUUCUGGGACACCUCUCACGUAUUGGCAAUAUUGACACAAUAUUGCAUAGACAGUAUUGGUCAUGUAAGUUAAAUCUCUUGAUGAUCUGAAAUGACAUUCCGUCCAUUUAUUAUAGUAUAAUAUUCGUACUAAUAUAUUUGUUAUUAACGGGCACACGCGUGCGUAUUCCCCCCUUUUUAAAAAUUAAUGCAAUUAAGAAACUUUUAUACAUGGAAUUUAUAAUGGAAAAUUACUUUACAGCGAGGCGCUGAAAAAGAAUGAUAAAUUUUACGUCCGUCCAUUUUUGAUAUUAUCAAAUAUACUUUUUAUUGGAAAUAAUUUUCUAAUAUGACAUCGAUAUAAUCGAGCACUUUUGUAAUUUUUGUAUCGAUAAAUUUUGCGAAUAAAAACACAUAUCAUAAAAA